CUCCCCGUUAAGGGUCCCGUUUCCCGCAGGAUGGGACCCGAGCCCCGCUCCCCCCGCCCCGUUACGGGUCCCGUUCCCCCGCAGGAUGGGGCCCGGGCGCCGCGCCGCCGGUCGCACCGUUGAAGCGGACGGCCCGCACCGCUCCCUGCCCGCACUCCAGGGUCUGCACCCGCUGCCGCGGCAGCUCGGGCCGGCUGGGCCGGGGCUGCGGGAAAGCCAUCGGCGGGGCUCGGCCCCGGCAGCGGAGCCGGAGCUGGAGCCGCGGCGGCUUCUUCCGGUGGCGGCGGCGGAAGCGGGCGGCGGCGCGCUAUGGCGGACCCGCGGCGGCCCGCACGGGUGGCCAGGUACAAGCCACCGGCCACCGAGACCAACCCGGCGCUGGAGGACCCCACACCCGAUUACAUGAACCUGCUGGGGAUGGUCUUCAGCAUGUGCGGGCUCAUGCUUAAGCUGAAGUGGUGCGCCUGGAUCGCCGUUUACUGCUCCUUCAUCAGCUUCGCCAACUCCCGCAGCUCCGAGGACACGAAGCAGAUGAUGAGCAGCUUCAUGCUCUCCAUCUCGGCCGUGGUGAUGUCCUACCUGCAGAACCCGCAGCCCAUGUCCCCGCCCUGGUGACAGCCGCCGCGGGGAGGGGGGGCGCACAAUAAAGGCACUGCUGUGGCUUGUGA